AAUGUAUUUUCACCCUCAAAGAAUAGUUAUCCAAUUCGUUUAAAGACAACCAAACGAUAGUCAACCCCAAAUGAAACUCUUACCAUUCAUUCUCAAUUCUCAAAAACGGGACAUGCAAAACUGAAUACUGAGCUAAAAAAUUUGCUGUUUUGUUUGCUCAAACGCAAAGGAAAAUUACGAAUUUCCGAAUUUAUGCUCAAGAGAAAUGGCUAAUUACUCGAAGGCCCACGUUUGCCAGUGUUUGAGCCGGCUGCUGACGGUUCGCCGGAACUCAACGGUGAUGAUAAUGGGAGAAAGAAGGAAGACCGGCAUGGAAUUUGUUGACGGAGUAUUGGGCCUGGCCCAUGGGCUUCUUCAGCUGGGCCUUAAGCCCGGUGAUGUAGUUGCCAUUUCUGCUCUUAACAGUGAUCUGUACUUGGAGUGGUUACUCGCAGUUGCGUAUGUAGGAGGAAUUACUGCACCUUUCAACUACCGUUGGAGCUUGGAAGAAGCAAGAACAGCUCUUCAGGUAGCAAAGCCAACAAUGUUGGUCCACGAUGCAACCUGUAAUUUCUGGAAGUUCGAGUCCUAUGAUGAUUCUGUACCUUCUCUGAGGUGGCAAGUGCUAAUGGAUAAUCCUAGUGUAGUUAAUAGCACUAAGCUUGGAUUAACUACUAAACAGCUUAAAAGAAGUUUCAAAAGGCAUUUAGUUGCAGACUACCUGUGGGCACCUCAGGAAGCUGCUAUAAUAUGCUUUACCUCAGGAACCACCGGGCGGCCAAAGGGAGUUACCAUAAGCCAUUCAGCUUUGGUGGUGCAAUCCCUUGCAAAAAUUGCAAUUGUUGGUUAUGGUGAGGAUGAUGUCUAUUUACACACUGCACCAUUGUGCCACAUUGGUGGUAUAUCAUCAGCCUUGGCCUUGUUAAUGGCAGGAGGUUGUCAUAUUCUACUACCAAAGUUUGAAGCUAAAUUGGCUAUUGAAUCCAUAGAGCAGCAUAAUGUUACUUCUUUUAUCACAGUUCCAGCUAUGAUGUCUGAUGUAAUCUCUUUUUAUAGGACAAAGCACACAUCUGUAGGGUCCAAAUCUGUGAGGAAGGUUCUUAAUGGAGCUGGGGGUCUUUCAUCAGAUCUUAUCAAAAAUGCGAUUGAGAUUUUCCCGAGGGCUAAAAUUCUUUCAGCCUAUGGAAUGACCGAGGCAUGUUCUUCUCUAACUUUCAUGACUCUUUAUGACCCGACGAAAGAGAGUUGUGUCCAGAAUUCUUGUGCCAAUAGCUCCAAUUUGUCACAUAAACCAGAUGGUAUCUGUGUUGGAAAGCCUGCUCCACAUAUUGAAAUAUGGAUUGCUGGGGAUGAUUCAUCUUGUAUAGGGAGGAUUUUGACACGAGGACCCCAUGUAAUGCUUGGAUACUGGGGUCAAAUGCCAAGCAAGAAUUCUUCUCCAACUGAUGAAUGUUGGCUUGACACUGGUGAUAUAGGACAUAUAGAUGAUUGUGGAAAUGUCUGGCUCAUUGGGCGUUUGAAAGGUCGAAUAAAGAGUGGGGGCGAGAAUGUUUAUCCGGAAGAGGUGGAAGCUGUCUUAUCCCAACAUCCAGGGAUAUCUGCUAGUGUUGUUAUUGGGCUUCCCGACUCUCGCUUGACCGAGAUGGUCAUUGCCUGUAUUAGGCUCAAAGACAAUUGGCAGUGGACUGAUUCCAGUUCUAAUCAUCCGGUUAACAAGAAGGAGCAUUAUCUGUCCAGCACUCUCCUCCAGAACUUCUGUAGAGCGAAAGAUUUGACGGGGUUCAAAAUACCCAAGAAUUUUGUAUUGUGGAAAAAUCAAUUUCCAGUGACAACAACAGGGAAAUUAAGAAGAGAUCAAGUCAGAGCAGAACUUAUGUCUUAUAGGCAGUUACAGCCCAGCAGACUAUGACUCCAAAUCCUCCUCUUGCAUUUGUUUUGAGUGACUAACUACAUGGUGAGAGAAUACACAGAGACAAAUACUGGGAAUUAUCUGACAUGGUGCACGGAAACUAUGCAGCUGUUCCUCAACAAUAAAAAAAAAAAUGCAGCUGUUUCUCACAGCAAAUUAUCCAUUUAAUUCUCUAUCUCAGGUUAUUUAAUGUGUAUUAGUUAUUUCCCCAUUAAGUUGUAAUUGACGAGAUACUUUUUAUUUCAUUACUCAUAUAUACCCAUACAAAUUCUUCUUUAUUAUAUGUACCAUCAAGCUGAAUAACAUCCCGAUUCAUC